AUGGGUUGGCUGUCAAGAAUCCCCGCGUGGACACCACCUCGAAAAAUACAUGUUAGCUUCGUGGCAUUUUGCGUCGUGAUCGCCUCCGCCAGCAUCGUGGUAAUAAUCCGAAUGCAACUACUAGUUUCAUCUAAUGCCAAUUAUGACACGGACGACGAGGCCUCUUCUUUGAUUCCUUGUCUCAACCUCACGACAGUAUACAAACGUGUCGUUCGUAAAUAUCGAAAAGCGGUCAAAACAUUGUCUCCUAGUAUGUAUAUGUUUUCUAAUCAAACGUCGUCUAAGCCAAAAAUGAAAACCGCCGAACGUUUGGCAAUUUCAUCGUCAGUUAUGAAAACGAAAAACAUUAACUGUAUGGAGGUCAUCACCAGUUCUCACGACAAUCUCCGGGAGGUUCAGAAUAGAACGCAUACAGAGGUCCCAAUUUGCGACUCACUGUACCCAUCGCUAACUGCUGACUGUUCGUUGUUUAAAAAAUACCGGGGAUAUAUUACGACAUCAUUGACGGAAGAGGAAGAAAGCUUUCCAUUGGCGUACUCCAUGAUUGUCUACAAAGACGCCGAAAUGGUGGAAAGGUUGCUUCGAGCAAUUUACCGACCCCAGAACUACUACUGUAUUCAUGUUGACGGCAAGUCAAGCGUCGCAUUUUACAGAGCAAUUGCCGACAUUGCCAACUGUUUCACAAAUGUGAUGUUGACCAGCAGAAGAAUUGAGGUCACAUGGGGAACUUUCUCAGUGCUGGAGCCGGAACUUCUCUGCAUGGAGGAACUCUGGAGGUUCCCUCGCUGGAGGUACUUCCUGACCUUGACGGGACAGGAGUUUCCGCUGAAGACGAACUAUGAACUUGUGAAGAUCCUCAAGGCCUUUAAGGGAGCUAAUGAUAUUCUGACAACAGUCACAUACGCCACGAAGUCGCGGUGGAAGAACACUGUACCCCCACUCGGAAUCGUCCCAGUGAAAGGCUCGGUACAUAUUACAGUCAACAGAGACUUUGUAGACUACAUCCUCCACAAUGGCACGGCCAAGGAAAUCCUAGAAUGGACCAGACAGACGGAAAUCCCCGAUGAAGCCUUCUUCGCUGUUCUGGGCGCCAACCCCCAGCUUGGCAUCCGAGGCACAUACAAAGGCAACCCAGAACUCAGCAUCAGAAACCCGUUCCUAUCUCGUUACAAGAACUGGGGCUCAUUGCCUUGUGCUGGGAGAUUCGUUCGAGAUAUCUGCAUUCUGACCACAGGUGACCUGCACCUGUUGUUUAAAGCCAAGGAAAUGUUCGCUAACAAAUUCUUCCUGCAGGAAGACAGAAUCGUUAUCGGUUGUCUGGAGGAGAAGAUAUUCAACGAUACCAGAGAUGAAUAUCUGGGCACCAAGACCUUUGAAACCUCCUAUUAUGAGAGCCUGGAUUUUGUAAAAAACCAGGUGACAUAG